GUACAAGCGCAGCUUUUCAGCCAGCACAUUGUUGAUGAGGUUCACAUAUUUGGCCUCUCUACCUUGAUCACCUGCACCUAGCUGUUACUCGAAGGAUUUCUGUUCCUUCGAGGCAUUAUUGCAAAUUGUUUUUCAUUUCUCAAUCGUUCCUCCCUCUUCGUGAUCUAUAAACAAGAUGGACAAUGAAGGUGCUUAGAUUUCGUCACCAUUUCUGUGAACGCACCCUGUCUUUUCCACGAUAUUUCCCGAGACCUUUACUCCUCCAUCAUUGUACAUUUUGGCAAUCUCGAAGUAUGGCCACGGUUAAAGACUCGAUUCCUCACAUUAUUCGUACCGCCGACGAUCCUCGUCAAAAUGGCAUUUGGUCUUCACGACUCAGCAGAAUCGAGCAGAUCAAUUCAAGGAUCCGUCUAUUGAGACUCUCGCUCCCAAAAGAAGGGCCAUCGUUACGACACCUCCCGGGACAGUAUAUUGAUCUCUACAUCCCCAACAUUGAUGUCGUGGGUGGCUUCACCAUCACCUCGGCACCUCAAGACUCGAAUCAAUCACAGGAAGACCCGCAUAUAGAGCUGGCCAUUCAAUCAUCGCCUGACAAUCCACCGGCGGCGUACCUAUGGCGACCGAUAUCUCAAAUACUUGGUUCCACCGUUUCGUUCAAGGUCGGAGGCACAUUCGUUUACCCACCCUUGACCUUGAGUCGUCAAAAAUGUGAGAAGAUUGACAGGGUGGUGUUCAUUGCGGGUGGAGUUGGAAUCAAUCCAAUCAUGAGCAUGAUCUCUGCAAUAGACGAGGUGGGCGUCAGACAAGCAGUCGGCUCUAUGCCAAAGAGAAUGAGGGUAUUGUAUUCGGCACGACGAGAUCUCACUCCACAAGGUGAAAAGGAAGACAUCCUCUUUGAGCACCGGCUCGAAGAAAUGGCUCGAAAAUGGAACAAGCAUCCCCAGGUGGACUACCAAUAUCGUUUAUUUCAAACAGGGCUCUCAGGAGGACCAACAACUAGUUCUAAGCGUUCAGCUUCUCCUUUUGACAAUUCAAACCCAGACAAUAUGACCACUCACAACAGGCGAAUCACUCAUGAUGAUCUGUUUGAUGCAAUAGGGCCCGAGGGCUCUCGAAGAAAUACUGUGGUUUACGUUUGUGGAUUACCCACCAUGACGGACGAGUUUGUGUACCUCUUCGAAGGCUGCCCUGGUCUCGACGAAAAGCGGGUACUGUGUGAGAAAUGGUGGUGAAUGAGACCGACAUCAGAAAAAUAUAUCUACUCUAGUACUUCAAGAGGAAGCGAAAUUUGAGGGGCUGUUCUACCUAGACAUCGGGAGGGCCCAUACUUAGAAACAAAUGCAUUCAUCAAGUCAGAGAUAUAGACAGGAGCUAUCUUACAAGUCUGUAUUCGUCCCAG